AUGCAUUUGCUUAAUGGACUUAGCUCCAAAUUUGAUAACAUUCUCAAUGUUAUUAAGCAUCGUUCUCCGGCGUGCACGUUCAGUGAAGCCCGUUCCAUGCUCAAAGAUGAGGAAGCCCGGUUAAGCACAAAACGCCAGGUCUCCUCCCCAUCUCAUGAUAACGCCUCUUCUCCUCAAAUCCUCAUGGCGUCAUCCGCACCAGCGCCUACGCACACACCGCGACCUAACCACAACUCCGCACCACCAUACCCACCGAAUUACCCAUCGAGCUACGGCAAUCGCAAUGCUCGUGGAAACCGUGGUGGCCGGAAUCAACGCGGUCGUGGCGGCGCUAAUUGGCAAGGAGGGAACUGGAAUAAUGGGCCGUCUCAAAUGAGCUGGAAUAAUGGGCCUUCUCCUCCAUGGGCCUGGUCCAACAAUCCUCCCUGGCCCAUGUCUCCACCUUGGCAGAAUCAGCCUCAGUGGCCCAAUCCGUGGUCCAUGCCUCCAGCUUGGCCUGCCUAUCCACCAGCUCCAGCCACCUCAUCACAACAACCAUCGUUUGGUCUGCUCGGAAACAAUCCGCGAACGGCAUAUCUCUCCACUCACAAUCCCGCCGCCGUUGCGCAAGCACCGCCUCCGGCGCCAAAUUCCGAGCUGAUUCCAACCACGUUGGCUCACGCAUUCAACACCAACACCUUGUCAGAUCCAACGGAUGCCGGCUGA